GCAGGAAGCAGCGCGGGCGGGUCCUGCUGCCUGCCGGGCCGGGCCGGGCCGGGCCGAGCCGGGCCGAGCCGAGCCGAGCCGAGCGAGCGGGGCUAUGCGGUGCGUGCUCAUCGCCAGCGCCGCGGCCGAGCUGCUCUUCUACUGGGCUGAUGCGGCCUUCGCCCGCCGCCUGCGGCCGCCGCCCGGGCCCGGCGCCGCGCAGGCCCCAGCGCUGGAGGACAGCCUCAACACGCUGUUCGCGCCCCUCAUCAUCUCGUGCACGGCGCUGCUGGAGAAGCUCUCGGACACCUACACCUGCUUCGUGGCCGAGCCCGGGCGCCACCUCCACGUCCUGCACAUGUUCGGGGACUGCCUGUACAUCGCGGUGAACGGCGACGGCGCCGAGAGCGAGGACGACCUGCGCCGCAAGCUCUUCGUGCUGCGGCGCCUGGUGGAGGCUCACUGCGGGCUCGUCACGCUGGACUCCCACCUCGUCCGCAAGGAGUUGCGGCCGGCCGAUUCGGAGCAGCGCGAGCGCGUCUGGGGCCUGCUCCGGGGCCUGCUGGAGACCUACAGCCGCCUGCGAGAGGAGGACCAGAGCUUUGCCGUGGAGGCCGUGGAGCGGCUGAUCCACCCCCAGCUGUGUGAGCAGUGCAUCGAGUUCCUGGAGCGGCAGGUGGUGCAGCACAUCAACGCCAGCCCCGAGCGCGGCGGCGACGAGGUGGGACAUGCCUUCCUCCUGGUGAACGCCAAGCUGCUGGCCUUCUACUCCAGCCGCAACACCAGCUCCAUCCGCCCCGCCGACCUGCUCGUCCUCAUCCUCCUUGUGCAGGACCUGUAUCCCAGCCAGAGCGCUGAGGAGGAGCUCAGCCCCCAGCCUGCAGCAGGGAAGACGUUCCUCCAGGUACCCACGAGAAGUGAGAGCAUCCCUGUGAGCAGCCCCAGCUCCCAUGCAGCCACGGGGAGGGAGUCGUCGGAAGAUCGGGACACAGACGAUCUCUCCGCGCCCGAGGUGUACUACACGCCUGAGCCCUCGCCGGGCAGACACAGCACGGGCAGUGAGAGCUGGUCGGAGGGCCCUGAGCCGCCAGGCGCUGAGGAUGCAGACACUGCCGAUGUCCAGAUGGCAGAGGACUUGCUCCAGACUUUGGAGCCUCUGGUCCCUGAAGCUUCAAACCCCAGAAGGGUCUUCCUGGAUGCCAGCCUGCCAGAAGGGUACUGCCCCAUGCUGCCCCACACCAUGCACUGCCUCCCACUCUGGCCUGGCAUCUGCCUCGUGCUGCUGACCAAGGGCCCCACGACCCACGUGGCCGUCACUUUGUACCAGCUGCUCGACGGUUUCUUGGUGCUGGAAAAGAAGUUAGAAGAGGGGCAGGAGGUGGGAGCCGCACGUGCCUACCCCUUCCUGGCCGAGCUGCGGCAACGCAUGGACAAGUUUGUGAAGAAGCUGAGCGGGAAGGACAUCCAGUUGCAGAAUGCCUGGGUGGAGUUUAAGAACAAGAUAUUCUCCCGGAGCGAGCCUGGGAGCUUGCUGGAGGUGCUGCAGGCACUGGCCAACGUGAAGCGGCAGCUCUGCUCUGUGUAUCGCCAGCUCUUCCUGACCUCCGCCAGCCAGAGUCUGUCACAGGGCCUGCGGGACCGUGCCCAGAAGCUGAUGAGGGAGAAGUUGUUGGACUGGAGGGAUUUUCUGCUGGUGAAGAGCAGACGCAAUAUCACCAUGGUGUCAUACCUGGAGGACUUUCCUGGCCUGGUACACUUCAUUUAUGUCGACCGCACGGCUGGGCAGAUGAUGGCACCGUCACUUAGCGUGACGGAGAAAUCCAGCUCGGAGCUGGGCAAGGGCCCCCUUGCGCAGUUCGUCAAGAACAAGGUCUGGUCUUUGAUUGGGUUGGCCCGACGUUACCUGCAGAAGGGCUACACGACGCUCAUGCUGCAGGAUGGCGACUACUGCUGCUCCUACUUCCUCUGGUUUGAGAACGAGCUGGGCUGCAAGCUGGAGGUGAUAGAAGUGCCGGUUCUCUCCGAUGACUCUGCUCCCAUUGGGAUGUUGGCAGGAGACUACUACAGGAAGCUGCUGCGUUACUACAGCAAGAACCACCAGGCAGAGGUGGUGAAGUGCUACGAGCUGUUGACUGUGCACCUGGGCAUCAUCCCGUCUGAGCUUGUGGUCCAGCAGGCCUGCGACUUGGCCCGGCGCCUCUGGGAGCCCUCCCGCAUCCCCCUGCUCUGAGCCCAGGUCCAGGCUGGGCCGGGUGCCGGCUGGGAUUAAACCUAGUGAGAAGUGCUGCCACGAAAGCAAAGUCCGGGCCGUGCAGCCGGAGCAUGGCGAUGGCAGCGGG